GAAGUAGCGGGCCUUGUUCUUGGUGCCUUUCCGUUACUCAUAAGCGGCAUCGAGCACUGGCGUGAUGUUGCGAAGGUCGGCGGCUUUUACUGGCGGAUACGUAAGGAAUACACCAAAUUCCAGCGCGAUAUCCAAUUCCAUGAAAUCGUAUAUAAGAAGAAUCUGAAAGAGCUCUUGUUGCUACUCCUUCACGAUGUCGAUGAAGUUGCGAAGCUCAUCGCAAAUCCGGGGGGUCUAAAGUGGAGUGAUAAGGCGCUACAAAGACAACUAGAACGCAGGUUGAAAGAGUCAUACCAACUGUAUUUGGACACUAUGACUGAAAUGAAUGAGAUCGCCGAAGAGCUAAAGAAAGAGUUAUAUUUUGGCGAGAAGAAUGUACAAGAUAAGCUC